AUGAAUAUUUUUAUAAUAUCAUUGUUUUUAUAUUUAAAAAUAAAUGGAUUAACGGACGCCUCUAAAUGUGAAAUUGCUCAGGCGUGUAUAACUGAUUUGUCGCAGAGUGAUUGUGGUGGUGGUACUGUUUUGGUUCGCAACACCUGGAUCUACGGAUGCUGCCCCAGCUGCGUAGUGCCUGAAGAAGAUGACGAAGAUGACGAAGAUGAUAUCGAUGUUAUUCCGUCGGAAGUAUGCAGACCACCGUCUAAUUGUUUAGAAAAUGGUGAAUACGCACCAGUGCAAUGCAAAGGUGAUACAUUUACCGGAAGAUGCUUCUGUUCCGACGCAAAGGGAAACAGAAUAUUUGGACAAAUGUGGAGGAGUGAGGCGCAAGAUAUGAAAUGUGCGUGCAGUCGCAGGAGGAAUGAGAUAGAAAAUACCGAAAAACGUAUAUCAACUUUACACUGCGCAACCAACGGUGACUAUGAGCGUCUACAGUGUGACAACGGCAUGUGCUGGUGUGCUGAUCCAUCUACAGGGCAACCGACAGCACCCCCCCUACCACAAGAAGAUAUGACGAUAUUACCCUGUCACAGCGCUGGUUUGAUUGGAGAAAACUAUUUGAGAAGAUGCGAAAGUAUUGUAAACGCCCUUGCCGCUAUUGCAAAGGAGCAAGCUGAACACGGAACAAAUUUCUUAGGAAAUCCAACUACCUUCUGUGAUUACGACGGAAGCUAUGGACCAUAUCAGAUACAAAAUGGAAUUGCUUACUGCACCGGACGAGACGGAAAAAUCCUGGGUUCGUGGCAAGUGGUGUCCAGCUCAAUGGGUGAAAUGAAUUGCAAUUGCGCUCGCGAUACAACGAUAUACUUCCCAGAAAAAGGCAUGACAGUGUCCGAAGUUUGUUUACCGAACGGCAACUACCGUUCGUUCCAGAACGCUGGGGAGGUUCCUUACUGUGUAGACUCCGACGGUUACCCCAUAGAAAGAGACGAAUGGCCCCAAGAAUGCGUCAAUAAUACACCGGCGCCACCGUAG